GCGCAGCAUCCCCCCCCCCCCCGCGCCUCCGCCCCCCCCGUCCUCCCCCCCCCCGGCGCGGGUGGGAGCCGCUGACUCAUCUGCCACCAUCAUCAUCCCCCCCCUCCCCGAGGAAGGCGAUCCGAGGGGCUGCAUUGCAGACCCAGCCGCGCCCGCAGACAAAAGCGACGCCGCCGAACGAACACCCGCGGCUGCCCCCGGCACAAAGAGCCCGCCCGGCACCCAGCGCAUCCCUCCGACCCGGCCCUCGGCGCAGAGCCCCAGGAUGCUGGACACCAUCAUGAGCAGCCAGUACGACUCCUUCAUCUACUGGAGGAUGCCAAUCCCGCGGCUGGACGUGGCGGAGCUGGAGGGGCUGGGGCUGGCAGACAUGGCCCUCUACAAGCCCAAGGCAGGGGCUUUGGGCCAGCUCGUGGGCUCAGCUCGUGGGCUCAGCCAGGACCUGUCCCCAGAAGAGGAGGAAGAGGACACCCUGCUGCAGUUCAACACCUUCAACUUCUGGCGGGCUCCCAUCGCCAGCAUCAGCUCCUUGGAUUUCGACCUCAUCUGAAGCCCUUCCUGCCCCUCCUCGCCCCUCCCUCCUCCCUGCUCUCCCCCUUUUCCGCCGGGGUUUGGUUUUCUUGUCGCUUCAGGGGGGUCGUUGGGUUGGUUUUUUUGUU